GUCUUCCCAGACUGCACAGAGCAGCAGUUCUAAGCAGAAAAAGAGGCGUGAGGCUGUUCUUAGAAAGCCAGGGAAGCCUCUUGCUGCUGCUGCUGCUGCUUCAGAGGGUCUUGUCACUGGGGCAGAAAUCAAAGCCCCCCAUCGGUUUGGGGCUUUGUUUUCCAUUGUCUGCCGUUUAGCCUGGUGUCUCUAGGUUAAAAACAGCAGGUUACCCGGUCCUUUUUUGCACAGUAGCAACUUCCACCCUUGGAUUGGUGCGUGUGUUGCUGUCCUGAGAAGGAGGCUGCUGAUUGGAUGAAGAGGAAGGUAGUUUCAGCCAAUGGCUAGGAGGCUAACAUUGAAGAUCGGGCGGCGCGUUACCACUCCCCUCCACAGCUGUAUCAAUCUCUCUCAAACCAAAACAAUGAAUGAGAGAGGUAAACACUGAUCACAGUUCCCCCUUUUCUCUCCGAUAUUUCAUAUUUCUUCCAGAUAGGCGGUGUAUCCUCCAGGGGCUUAAAGAAAUACUGUCUGCUAUAAAUAGCUCCUGGUUUGCAGUGUUAUUGCUUCCUGCUGUGGAUAUCAGAAAGAUGUUCAGAACAGAAAACUCUGCCUGGCGUCUGGGACUCCUGCAUGCCUUUUCUUUCUGGCUGCUCCUCAGUGGCUCUUCUGCACAGAUCCGUUACUCUGUCCCAGAGGAACUCACUCGAGGAUCCUUUGUGGGAAAUGUUGCUAAGGACUUAGGAAUGGAUGUGGCAAAGCUGGCAGCUGCCAAUCUGCAGGUGCUUUCCGAUUCUGACUCCCAGUAUUUCUCUGUGAAUGUGAACACUGGAAUCAUAAUAGUCAAUGACAGGAUAGACAGAGAGCAGCUCUGUGGGCAGAACCUGCGGUGCUUCUUGCAUCUUAAGCUUGCGAUUGAAAACCCCGUGGAGUUCUAUCGCAUUGAAGUGGAGAUUUUGGAUAUCAACGACAAUGCUCCUGAAUUCUCAAGUAGCACGAUCGCUCUGCAGGUCUAUGAGCUGGCUGCACUGGGCGCCCGCUUCCCUGUCCCACACGCACAGGAUCUGGACGUAGGAACAAACACUUUGCAGACCUAUCACCUGAGCGCCAAUGAGAACUUCAACCUCAAUGUGAAGGCACGCACAGAUGGCACCAAAUUCCCAGAGCUGGUUCUGGAGAACGUAUUGGACAGGGAGCACAUAGCCGUUCACCAUUUGGUCCUGACAGCAGAGGACGGUGGCUCACCCCCCAGGUCUAGCACAAUCCAAAUUGCUGUCCACGUUCUGGAUGCCAAUGACAACCACCCAGUUUUUGACAAGCCCACUUACCAUACCCGUUUGGUCGAAAACUCUCCUCUGGGGACGCUGGUGAUCAAGCUGAAUGCGACGGACCGGGACGAAGGGCCUAACGGAGAGAUCCGCUAUUCCCUCAGCAGCCAUAACUCUGAAAUCUUGCGCAAGACAUUUGCUAUUGACAACACCACAGGAGAGAUCCGUGUUCAAGGGAACCUGGAUUUUGAAGAAGCCAGUGUGUAUGAAAUCGAAGUGGAGGCCAAGGAUAUGGGCUCCCCCACAAUGGAAGAGCACUGCAGCGUCAUGGUAGAAGUGGUGGAUGUGAACGACAACCCCCCUGAAGUUGUCCUCACUUCUUUUUCCAGCUCUAUUAAUGAAGAUGCACCACCUGGCACUGUUGUUGCUGUGAUCCACGUCAAAGACAGGGACUCUGGUGACCAAGGGAAAGUUCAUUGUGACCUGCCCAGAAACCUCCCAUUCAAACUUCGGAAGGACUUUGAGCACCAGUAUUCCUUGCUCACCAGUGAGCAGCUAGACCGGGAGAGCACCGCACAAUACAAUGUCACCAUUUAUGCCUUCGACCUGGGAAGCCCCUCUUUCUCCCAACACACGUCUUUCUCCAUCACUCUAGCAGAUGUCAAUGACAACCCACCUCAUUUUGACAGGUCUUAUUAUGAAGCCAUCCUAGAAGAAAACAAUCCCAUUGGGGCAGUUCUUCUGACGGUUUCUGCAGCGGAUGCUGACAAAGAUCAGAAUUCCCGUCUUUCUUACACUGUUUUGGCUAGCCCUGGGCGGCAGAGAGUCGAGGAUCCCACCUCUUACAUCUCCAUCAACCCAACGAGUGGGCAAGUGUAUGCAGAACGCCCCUUUGAUUACGAGCAAAUCAAUCAUUUCCGCUUCCAGGUGGAGGCCUGUGAUGGUGGCUCUCCUCCUCUGUGCAACAGGAUCAUGGCACACAUCUACUUAUUAGAUCAAAAUGACAACGCCCCUUGGAUCCGAUUUCCCUUCACUGGGAAAGAUUCCCUGGUGCAGUUCAGGAUCCCCCGAUCUACUUCAGCCAACACCUUAGUCACCAAAAUCAUGGCCGUGGACUUGGACUCUGGGAGAAACGCCUGGCUCUCCUACCAUUUAGAGCAGGCCACCGACCCCAGUCUUUUCAGUACGGCCCUGCGUAACGGGGAGGUGAGGACCACAAGAGCUCUGCACGACCUGGACAACCCUACCCAGGAGCUGGUCCUGGUGGUGAGAGACUCAGGAGAGCCUUCCAUGUCCACCUCUGUCACUGUGAUGGUGCUCCUGGAAGAGAGCGCCCCGGAAGCCUUCCUGGGCUUAACAGCUCACUCUGUGGAGAGCGAGGCCCCCCCCAUGGUGACUGUGUACCUGAUCAUCUCCCUGGCGGCCAUCUCCACCAUCUCCUUGAUGGCUUUGGUGGCCCUGGGGGUCCGAUGCUUCCGUCCCGGGGCCUGCGCUCCGCCUUCGGCCUUCGGCUGCUGCAGAAGCAAGGCCGGCGUGCUCCAAGACCCCCUGGACCCCAUGCUGGACCACUGCCACUAUCAGCUGAGCCCCGGGGACGCCACCAUUGGAGUGCAAGUGGCCUGUUUGGGACCCCCAGCCCGGGGCUACCGCUCUUGCUUCUCUCCCGUCUCGGACAUCAGCGAGUUUGUGUUCAUGAAACCCAACCUGACGCUGAGCACCGCCGCCGCCGCCUCCCCGGAGGACCAGGGCCCGGAGCCAGGCUGCUUCAGCAAGGUGAGCCUUUUCCCGCCCAGGGCGCUGCUCGGGGGCGGGGCGUCCUCUCUGUGGCCCCGGGCGAGGGCGGGGCGCGGCAGGGGCGGCUGCGGGGUGGCCCCUCUGUGCCCCCUGCCCCGUGGGGGGGGAGGGGGAGCGCCCGCGAGCCCGCCCCCUCGCCUCCUUCCCGCCCUUUUCCCGCCUCUGCAGAUGCCGCCAGCCGCGCGCCCUGCUCGCGCGCCGGGUGAGCCCUCGCCGCCGCCCCCCGGGGGAGCUGUGGCGGGCGGGCGUGGGGGGCUCCGGGGGGCCGGGGGAGCGAGCGAGUGA